AUGCCACCACCCGAGGAUGCCACCACGUCUGCUCCACCUCCGGAGCAGGAUGCUCCGCUAGCACCCUCAACCUUCAAGUCUCUCGGGCUCAUCGACCCUCUUCUAAAUUCUCUCGAGCAAAUGAAAUUCAAGGCUCCCACCGAUAUUCAGGCAGAGGUCCUCCCUCACGCGCUACAGGGACGGGACAUCAUUGGCGUCGCCUCCACUGGGUCCGGCAAAACUGCGGCCUUCGCACUUCCCAUUCUCCAGAAGCUCUGGGAGGAACCGAAGGGCCUCUUCGCCUGUGUGAUCGCGCCCACGCGCGAGCUCGCGUACCAAAUAUCUCAACAGUUCGAGAGCAUCGGGGCGGCGAUGGGCGUGCGGUGCGUGACUAUCAUCGGUGGUGUGGACAUUCAGCCCCAGAAGGUCGCGCUUGCGAAAAAGCCCCAUAUUGUGGUCGCGACGCCGGGACGAUUGCUGGAGCAUCUGGAAGAGACGAAGGGUUUCAGCCUGAGGAAUCUGAAGUUCUUGGUUCUGGAUGAAGCGGACAGGCUUCUUGACAUGGAUUUCGGACCAAAGCUCGACCAGAUUCUCAAGCUCAUUCCCAAAGAACGCACAACCUACUUAUUUUCGGCAACAAUGACAACCAAAGUUGCUAAGCUGCAGAGGGCGAGCUUGUCGAGCCCUGUGCGAGUAGAGGUCAAUUCGAAAUACUCCACGGUUUCAACCCUAUUGCAGUAUUACCUCCUCAUGCCUCUACCACAAAAAGAUGUGCACCUCAUCUACCUUGCCAACAACCUUGCACAGAACUCCAUGAUAGUGUUCACUCGCACGGUACAUGAUGCACAACGUUUGUCAAUUGUGCUCCGCUCGCUUGGUUUUGCUGCAAUUCCGCUCCACGGACAGUUGAGCCAGAGUGCUCGACUGGGCGCGCUCGGCAAGUUUAAGAGCGGUGGACGGAAUGUGCUGGUCGCAACUGAUGUCGCGAGUCGUGGGCUCGAUAUCCCGUCAGUCGACGUUGUCAUCAACUACGACAUCCCGACACAUUCAAAAGACUACAUUCACCGCGUCGGCCGCACCGCACGAGCGGGUCGAUCCGGCAAAUCCAUCACAUUGGUCACGCAAUACGACGUAGAGCUCGUCUUGCGCAUAGAGCAAGUGACUGGGAAGAAGAUGGACCUCUGGCCCGUGGACAAGGAGGAGGUGGCGCUCUUGCGCGAGCGUGUGGAUGAGGCGUGCAGGCUGGCAUCGACAGAGCUGAAGGAGCAGGGGAUCAAAGGCGGGCAUGGCAGGAAGAGGAAGAGAGAAGAAGGCGUUGGCAAGGAUGACAUGGAUCGAGACGACGACGUGGUCGAGGCAGGGAUGCCCAAGAUGAAGAGAAAGUCGAAGGGGAAAGGGAGGAGAUGA